GUUGUUCAGUUUGAUGAAAACAAAACUGUUGAAGUUACUGUAUUAGUCAAUUUCCUUCAUGGAUCCUUAUAUGAAAAAAUAUCAAUAUAUAUAUUGCUUUGCUUUUAUAAUUGUUCUUUGACUAGUAUUUUUGUUUUUAUCCUUUUAAAAACUUACUGUUUAGUUGAUUAUUUAAGCUCUCAGAGGAUUGUCUAGAUAAAUGAAAUAUUCUUAAUUGGAAGCGAAUCGUUCUCUAAAGAUGUCUCAGGAUCUAAUUUCGCUUUGUUCUGCUAUCCUGAAAGAAUAUUUUGGGGAAAUAGUUCAAACUGUUGGAACUUUUUUGAUGAAGCAAGUUGCUCCCUGCUCACUUUUUGCGAUUGUUAGAAAUGUUCGUUUACCUUUAGAAAAAGUUCAGUCCUCUCUCUUAAACCUCAUACAAAUGAACUUUUGUGAGUUUAAGCUAAAUGAUAUGGGUCUUGCUCCUAUUGUUGAAUACUCGGUUUCUCCGUACAAAGUUUUGUCUGUCUUACAUUAUGAGCGAUACGCUUAUUGUGCUCAACUUCUUUAUGGUGACCCAGCUGAUUUAUUAGUUGAAGAAAUUCUAAAUCAUGGUCACUUGACAAUGAGUGAGGCGAUUCGAAAAGUUAUUGAAAGACUACAAGAAGCUAAAGAUGCCACUGGUGUUGAUUAUUCUUCUGAAAAAAUUUGUGAUAAAUUCCGUUUACUAAUAACCAAUCAAUACCUGAUUCGAUGUCCUUAUGCGGAAACUGUAGACUUUGAACGAGUACCUAACCUUUGUUUAGCUGAUAAAGACAAGUUUGUUGUACCUGAGAUCAAAUUACAUUUGCUGGAAACAAAUAGUUGUGAAGAACCAGAAAAUAAAAAGCAGAAAAUUGAAUAUCCUGAUGCAGGCAUAAAUUGGAAGAUUAAUUUUGAUAGAUUCAAAGAAUAUUUUAGGAAUGAAGCCAUAAUUACUGCAUGUGCAAAUGUUCAUGGAGAAAAGGCAUCUGAAAUAAUAAAGGCUAUUUUAUUAUUAUCAGAUCAAAAAUAUAAUGCCUUAUCUGCUACUAGUGGUGCUGUGCAAUAUUAUGAUAUUUUAAAAUUGUUGGAAUCUUCAUCUUUUACUUCUAAAGAUUUAGAUGCUUACCUUUCAAUCGUUUGUGAAGAUGAAUACGGUUUUGUAUCGAAAGCAGAUGAACGUGGAAAUGGGAUGUAUGUUGUAAAUAUUUCAAAAAUUUUGAAAAAGUUAGUGGAAUCAAUUAUCACAUCUGUAGUACAAGAUAGAUUUGGUUCUAAAUGUGCCCGAAUAUUUAGGAUAUUGCUAGACAAGAAAGUUUUAGAACCAAAACGCAUUGAAGAAUUAGCUAUGUUACCUCCAAAAGAUACAAAGGAUUAUAUUGCUAAAAUGUUUGAAGAAAGUUUUAUUUUAUCCCAAGAAGUUUCCAAAGGUUCUGACAUCCUUUACGGAGUGACCUUCUAUCUUCUUUCAAUAGACAUUGUUCAAGUAUGCCGUAUGGUGUUAGAGAGAUGUUAUAAAUCAGUUUUUAACCUUAUAUCCUGUAAUGAAAUACAGUAUCAAGAAAAUAAAAGGCUGCUAGAGAAAAAUCAAAGGAUUGAUGCAAUUGUGGCUUCCUUGAAACAGAGUGGAGCUGAAGAAGAGCAAAUUGUUGAGGUACAGAAUAUAAUAUCCGAGCCAGAAAGAAUACUUAUUACAAAAGUAGAAAAUGUAACUAAGAAAAUUCAUUCCAGUCAAAUCCAAAUAGCUGAAAUGAUUUCAAUAUUAACUAUGUGGUUAGAAUACAAUUCAUUUAAAUAAAAGAUGUAUUUUAAGA